GUUGAAGAGAUUUCUCUGAUAGAACCGAAGCUUACUUAAUCAAUUAAAUAAGUUAAGUAUUACUAACAUCGCUUGUAGUGAGAUCUUCUUUAGGAUAGAAAGAAUUAUGGCAGACGAGGAGGAAGAACUGCUGAAAUUUAGAUUGGAAUGGGAAAAAGAAAUUAAACAACAAGAUGACGUGAAGAACAAACUGCGAAAGAAAUCAUGCGAUGUGAAGAGUGAGGGAGAUUUGAAAAAGGAUUUACUUGAAGGGAUAUUCCAACGUCAAGAGUCAAAAAGGCCUCAAGAACUCAUUAUAAAUGGUGGCGAGGGAAAAUCUGAAAUCAACAAAGGAUCAACUGCAAAUGAAGAGAUAAUACGAAACAAGAAGAGCGAGAUUAUCCUUUUGAGCCUACCAAACCCUGAAGGUAGUACUGGGGAGAAUGAAAAAUGCACCAAGAAGCAGAAAGUAUCUAAAUUAGAUCUCGAGGAAAGUCAUAGAUCUGGAACACCGUUACUGGAACAACUGAUAUUUGAUAUAGAUGAGGUUACUGCAAUCCCAUUCUUUGAUUUACAGCUUCCCAGGGAAGUGGGCAUGAAGAUAUUGGGCCACUUAUCUAUGUGGGAUUUGUGUCAAUGUGCUAUUGUAUCUAAAUCCUGGAAAAGUUUAGCUGAAGACGAAUUACUGUGGUUUAAGAUAGGGGUUGAUAAAGGAUUUAUGUCAAAGUGUCAACUGGUUGUAGAAGGGUCCAACUGGAAGAGACAUGUUAGAGACUCCAUCAUGCAGAACAGACGGCAGCAGCAGAGAUGGAGGGAAAGGGUCUGUAGGAUCACACCUAUGGACUAUGAACGAGGUGGAAGUCUUAGUGCUGUGGGGAUGUCUAACAGUUUAGUUUGUGCUGGGUAUUCUACUGGGACAGUUUUGCUUUGGGACUUUGAGGGGCAUGAUGGACCAUCAUAUAAGCUAAUGGAUCCUUUAAUUGAUGGCCAGGAGAGGCCCUGUGUGACAGCUACUUGUAUAAGUAAUGGGCUCUGUGCAGCUGGCUUUGAGAAUGGUCGUGUAAAUAUCUGGCAGAAUAUGUUUCCUCACUCCCCUGUGAACAACUUCAGUGUUGAUGGCCCUGUCAAGUCUGUUGCCAUAGCAACUAACAGAGAGCUGUCAGUGGUUGCAUUAUCUGAGAAUGAAGUCAGAGUUGAUGUCGCUGAUGCAAAUGGCAGAUGGAGAUGUCGCCAGCAAAAGGCAACAGAGAGCAAGCUUCAGCACAUGCAUUUGCUACAGAGCACGAGAACAAUUUACCACCAGUAUGUCAUUCUCACAAGGGAUACCAUUGAAUUGCACGACACGUCAGGUAUUGACAAUGUGACAUUAAUUGAUCAAGUAAUUGGCGGGAAGAUCACAUGUUCUGAUUGUACGGCGGACACCUUGGCUGUUGGUAUAGGAUCGUAUGGCUAUGGGAUCUUGGGCAACAAGGUGCGGCUUUACCAAGUGAGCUCUUGUCGCUUGCUGGCCUUAUUAUCCGGACACCACUACGAAAUCACGUGUAUCAAUGUCCGAGAUAGUCCACCUAACCGCCUCAUAACCGGCAGUUACGACAGACGUGUCCGAAUUUUCGACACACGCUGCGAAUCACCUACCCAGACCCUGUGCGGCCACUCGGAUUACGUCACCACUGUGCAAAUGGACGAAUGGAAAGUUGUGAGCGGAUCACGUGAUGGAAUUACUUGUGUUUGGGAUCAGCGAAUGGCGUCAAUGCUGUGGUCCACACAUGCGCGCCAUCCCGUACGUCAUUGCCGCUUUAGUAGGAACAGGAUGCUGACUGCAAAUAUCCCCGAAGGGCAGUUUACGCACGAGAAUUCGUGGUAUGCGGACGACCUUAUUCUUCAUCGUAAGAAUCGCGGGACGUUGAGGCUCUUUGAUUUUGAGGCGGAAAAUGUGAGUUUAGACGUCCCCGAGAUUUGCUCUUCCAACUACGACGACACCACAGGGUAUAAUUACAACAUUGCCUUAGCCACGCCCUAUGACGUCAUAGACGAGUAAUCGAAAGACAAAACCUGUUACAACUACUAUAACAUUCCAACGCAAUUAAAAAUAUAACAUUUACUUUA